UUUCCUUGAACUUGUACUGCCGCGUUAUCCUGUAACUUUACUUCUUUUCCCGGCUUCCUUCUCCUUCUCAAAUAUUUCUGCUCUGCUACCGAUCUAUGGAAACGAGGAUUCUUUCCAUGAAAUCGAACUGAAGCGUUUCCCACUUGUUAAAAAAAAGGAAGAUUUUGCCUUUUUUUUCUUAGGAGCGAUCUCUUUUGCAACAACUUUAGAUCUUCUGCACUUCCCUGCUUUCUUCUUCUUCUUCUUCUCUACUUUUGUUUCUUUGGUGAACACGGCUUUGUUUGAAGGGAAUUAGAGUAGGAAUGGUUUGCCAAGCAGCGGCGCAGACGAGAUUCCGGGAAUUGAAACAUGAGUAUGUGUUUGCUGGAUGUGCUGCCAUCAUAGUUAGGGUCAUUGCUUGCUUCCAACCGUUGCCAGAUUGCCAGGCUGAGUAUUUUCGCCAGCUGCUGAAGCCUGUCACGUAGUUUGGCUUCUGUACUCCACUUGAUUAGAUAAAAACUUCCAUUUUACCUUCUUUAAGAUCGACGAGCUCUGUGUUUCCUUACUGGUUUUCUGUUUCAGGAGAAUUUAGUUUUGUUUUGACUGCACUGAUGUGGGAAUUCAGUAACUUAAAUACUGGCAAUACACUUUGGCCUCCUGAUGCUGGGCAACAGCAGAACUCAAUUAAUCCUUAUGUCUGUUCUUUCUCUGUCAAUCCAAAUGAACAAUUAACUGGUUUUGGAACUCAGGGGAGCUUCCUUCAUUUUGAUUCUCCUUUUUAUUGCCCGCCAUUGAAUCCUCUAAACAGCUCUUCUGAACAACAAUCCAUCACUCAGACAAAAAAGUUCCUUAUUUUCGAUCACUCUGGGGACCAAACCAGCUUGGUUUUUAGUUCUGUAGCGAAUCCAUUUGAGGGCUUGAAUCCUCCUCUACCUUUAAACUAUGCUCAUGAAUCCAAGUACCAUGAAAUUGAAGAGGAGGAAAUGCAUGAAAACACUGAAGAAAUUGAUGCCCUUCUUUACUCCGACUCUGAAUACAUAGAUGAUGAAGAGACCAGCACGGGUCAUUCCCCCUUUGACAUGGCAGAAGAAGACAUUACAAGCUCUCAUAUCCCAUGCAAGCGCCGCCGAGUCAGUUCUACUGACUUUGAUUCAUCGCUCGUUGACACAGCGAGCUCUGUAUUCGCUCCUCGCUCCGGUUACGUACGAGAAGAAGAUGAUUUAGCAGAGCGAAAUAAGAAGGAGCGAAUUAAACAAACUGUGAGAGUCCUGAGAAAGAUUAUACCCGGCGGAGAUGGGAAGGAUACUGUCUCUGUGCUUGAUGAAGCCAUUCAAUAUCUGAAGUUGUUGAAACUAAGAGCGAAGUCUUCGCUCAGUGCCACCUCCUUAUCCUAAUAAUCUUCUUAUGAAGAACAUCUCUCCCUGUAUUGAAAUGAUGGUAAUAAUAGUAGUAGGCUUGGAUAUAUUGAUGAAUGAAGAGGCAUUAAUGAGAAGCAAAGGGGCAGGAGGUCAGCAGAAAGAAGAUCAAGGCCUGGCCUUUAGGCUUUUUUACUUGUUGCCAUUGAAGCUCUUUUCUGUUAGUGUUUUGGUUGGUUAUAUAUUAUUGGAAGGAGGUUGUCUGCUCUGUUAAGAGGAUGAAGGGGGAGGAGGAGAGGUAAGCCAUGAAGCUUCCGGGGGAUGAAAAUGUCUAUUACGUGAAAGAUGCUUCUUGGGUAUUUAUGUUAGUUUUAGUAUGCUUUUAUGCUUUUAUGCUUUUAAUUUGUGUGAAGUCUGUGUGAUUUGCUGUUUUUGCUGUUUAUGUCUGUGAUUUAUGUGUGUCAUUGUCGUUGAGGAUUUAAAUCUAUGCUGAGAACUCUUGUGACUAUGGAAUUAAGUUGUGAUUUCUCUGUUUUGAUGAAUGAUAA